AUGGAUUUAUCAAACUUAUCAAAUACUUUACCUCUGCUGAAACCUAUACUGAGGCAGAGCAAGACUCAACCAACCGAGGAGGAUCAAAUAAGUCAACCUCCUUCAACAUCAACAUCGCAAUCAUCAACUACUUCAUCAGAUAUUAGUCUGGAACUAACUAGCUACUUCAAAGAUGCCGCAAAAGCCGUAGCUUCAUUAUACAAUAUAUCAUUAAACUCAUCAACCACCAACGAAUCUCAAAAAUCUUCAAUAAAAAGUGAUUUUGCAAAUGCAGCAAAAUCCGUUGCAUCAUUAUAUAAAUUGGGGCAAAUUUCCCAUUUGGUAUCUCAAGAUAAAGGUUAUAUACAAUGUAUUGAUGACUUGCUAGAAGUUAUUACUAAUGAUGAAGAUAUUGAAAACUGGGCAUUAACAAGAAGAGCUGAGAUUAUAAAUCAUAAGAAAUCAUCAAAUGGAAUACGACCAACUACUCAAUCCACUACCACUAUGGAAGAUUCAAAAUUACCUAGUGAUUUUGAGUUUCACUUUAAAUCCGAGUUAAAACCACCAACCAACUUCAAACCAAGUAUACCUCCAAUCUCAGUUCAACAUAAUCAAUCGCAAAGAAAUUUAACGCUUAAAAAAAGCAAAUUACAACAACAAUAUCAUAAAAAAUUCCAUUCAUCAGAGGAAUCCAGUGAAAGUGAGACUGAUGAUGGAAAAAGAGUGAAACUUUUUAAAGAAUUUAGCAAUAGUCCCGUCAAGAAAAAGAAGAAGAAGAAUUAG